AUGUCAGAUCCCUCCACUGCAGCCCGCUCCUUUGUCGUGGCUGACUACCUAGUGUUUGGUCUGAUGCUGCUGGUGUCGGCCGUGAUCGGCGUCUACUAUGCCUGGAGCGACCGGCGACAGGAGAGCGCGCAGGACUUCCUCGUAGGGGGCCGUCAACUGACGGCCGUGCCCGUGUCACUCUCCCUGACUGCCAGCUUCAUGUCAGCCAUCACUGUGCUCUCCAACCCAGCAGAGGUGUACCGCUACGGUGCAAGCAUAGCACUUUACUGCGUCUCCUACGUGAUGACAAUGGCGGCGACCUCAGAACUCUUCUUGCCUGUCUUCUACAGAUUAUCCAUAACUAGCACCUACGAAUAUCUGGAGCUGCGCUUCAACAGAGCGACACGUCUCCUCGGAACCGUCCUCUUCAUUGCUCAGACGGUGCUCUACACCGGCAUUGUCAUCUAUGCUCCGGCGCUUGCGUUAAAUCAAGUGACUGGUAUGGACCUGUGGGGGGCAGUGGUUUCCACCGGUGUGGUCUGCACCUUCUACUGCACUCUGGGUGGUCUGAAGGCUGUGGUGUGGACCGAUGUGUUUCAGGUUGGUGUAAUGCUUGCAGGAUUCCUGUCGGUUAUAGUCAGAGCUGUGAUCCUAAAAGGGGGAGUUCACAUCAUCAUUUCAGAUUCUCAACAGGGAGGAAGACUCGACCUCUUGGAUUUUGAUCCCAACCCCCUGAGGAGACACACGAUUUGGACCAUCACCUUUGGUGGAGCGUUCGUCUGGGCUGGUAUAUAUGGGAUCAACCAGGCCCAAGUUCAGAGAUACAUUUCCUGCAAGACCCUUACUCAGGCCAGAGUGUCUUUGUUCCUCAACCUGCUGGGUCUGUGGUCCAUCCUGCUGUGUUCAGUCUUUGCAGGAUUGUGUCUGUACUCUGUGUAUAAGACAUGUGACCCAUGGACGGCCGGGCAGGUUUCUGCUCCAGAUCAGCUGAUGCCAUAUUUGGUGAUGGACAUUUUGGGGGACUAUCCAGGUCUUCCUGGCCUGUUUGUGGCUGCGGCUUACAGUGGAUCUCUGAGCACUGUGUCGUCGAGCAUCAACGCGCUGGCAGCAGUGACAGUGGAAGACCUGAUCAGACCCCACACUCGGAUGUCUGAGAGAAAACUGGCCUGGGUGUCUAAAACUCUCAGCUUGUUUUAUGGGGUUUUGUGCAUCGGGAUGGCCAGAGUGGCGUCGGCCUUGGGAGGAAUACUGCAGGCGGCUGUCAGCAUCUUCGGCGUCAUCGGUGGUCCUCUGCUCGGACUCUUCACUCUGGGAAUCCUCUGUCCAAUCGCUAAUUCCAAAGGGGCGCUCUCUGGCCUCGUGUCAGGGCUGGCCGUUUCUCUGUGGGUGGGCAUCGGCGCGCAGAUCUACCCGCCGCCUCCAGAGAUGAGUCGACCCCUGAGACUCACCACAGAAGGCUGCGACUUCAACACCACCCAAAACCUCAACUUGACUGUCAUUGAAACCAGCCACAUCAUCGAGAUGGCAGCUCACAGCAGCAGGCAGGUAAAUCUUUUGGCGGACUACUGGUACUCCCUGUCGUACCUCUACUUCAGCCCCAUCGGAACGUUAACAACCAUUAUAGUGGGGCUGAUCAUCAGCGUCGGCACAGGAGGCUGGCACAGCAAAGUUGACUCCAGGUUCAUUUUGGGAAGAGAAGACAGCUCUUUCUACCGUUGCUGCAUGGUGCUCAAAGGCAGGGUGUUGAGUCGGCGAGGCCAAGUGGACCUGACAAAGUUCAGAGUGAAGAAACAUGGCAACAGGAAUCCGGCGUACUGUGACUUUGAGAUGACCAGUCACAGCAACAGCACCUAA